AUGGCGGCAGCCGCUCUGAGUGCCCAGCUCAAUGCCCACAUCGCCGCCAUGUACGCCGAGGGCGUGGUGGACGAGGACACGUUCCAGGAGCUGCGGGAGAACGGCACCGCCGCAGAGGUCGCCCGCCUCAUCAUUAACGACACCUACCCGAUCCUCGAUGACAUCCGCGACCUGAUGUCUGUACCGCCCCACGCCCUCCCUCUGCUCUCACAGCCCGCAGUGCACUUCAACGAGGUGGAAGCCCUGCUAGAGCAGCUCAUAGAGUGCACCACCAGUGUUGGCGCAAAACAAGUGAACCUCGCCUGCAGGCACUUCCGCCAUUUCAAUGCCAUAAAAUACGAACAAAAGUGCCUCUUGUCAUUGACUGUUGUUAGGACUGAGCUCAGUAUUGUGCGCAAUGAGUUGUAG